AUGGGAAAAGUAUUAUUGUGUUGUUGCCUUUGUUUAUUUACUGUGCAGGAGAAUAACAGAAGAAAAAAUCCAACGAAAAAACCCUUUUGUUCACACCACCGCUCGAAGCUGCAGCACCCGCGAGAAGACAACUCCGCUGCACCUACUCUCACCACCGCCGAUCUCCUUCCUUCACUUCAACAAUCCACUCCGCUGACGACCGGUCCCUUGCCACGCAUCAGCCAUGCACCUUCUCCGGGUUACAAGAUCCACGAUGCACUCCCUCUUCUGACGUCGCAAACCUUCAGCCGCACAACAUCCACCAUACAGCUCCGGCGGCCACCACUACCUCCGCCCAAUCUCCAUCGGCCGACGCUAGCCGUUGUUACGGAAUCGCCAUCAACACCCUCGCCGUCCAUCCCUUGCCCGAUCCACUUCAACCGAUCAAACCAGCGGCGGCCUAAACGGUCGUGCUGCUCUAUCUCUCCUUCCUCUCGGGCUCACAACCGCUCAGAUCGCCGUUAG